GUCAUGUACGAGCAGCGCCCGGACAAGAAGGAAGAAGGCCUCUACGAAGGCUGUCAUAAUUCGCUUCUCAAUAACCAGCAGCCGACGACCAUCAUUGGUGGCAUCACGCCACCAAGCUACUCCAUCAACAGCGCAUCCGCUGCCCACCAGGGUAAGGAUCGCGAUCCGAAAGACGGAAAGGAUGGCAAGGGGGAAAACGAGCGCGAAAAGAAGGACGGUUCACAUGCACUACUUGUCGCCUACGAGUCCGCCAUGUUCCCCACUCUGGGAGAUAUGCAGAGCAUUCUGUUCACCAACAUGGCUGUGGCCAUGGCACAAGACGGUGCUCUGGAGGAGGCAAGGAAGGUUUGCGAGAAGGCGUUGACGAUACAGCCAAGAGCGCUGCUUCCGCUGAGGAUGCUCUGCUCCCUGCUCAUGAAGCAAGGACAUCAAGGUGAGGCCAUAAAGCGCCUCAAAGGAGAGAAGAAGACCGUUGGACAGUGA